ACCCCUCAGAGGGAGGUGCUCCGGCUGUGGGUGUUCUUCAGGAGGAUGGUUGGGUUUUAGGUGUCCAGGUCCCUCGGGUUUUAUAUCUGUUGUUUGAGGGGAAUGAGACCUCGUGUAGUGUUAGUUCUUCUGCUGGGCUCAGAUAGACUUGCUUCAGAGUUUGGGCAGCAGGUGUGUGUUUUCAUGACUUAGUUUUCAUGAAACUAAGAGUUUUUAAUAACUUAGGGAGGUAAAACCAGCCAAGGUUCCUCUUCUGGAAGGAUGUCAGUAUCUAAGAACUGCCGAGUUGAGGCACCCAUGGCAGCAGACGCAGGGAAGAGCAGCAGCAGGCUCAAGGCACCUGCGGGACCAGAGCCACCAAAGAACACCAGAGUCAGGGUGCUGUCAGCCCCUAAUGUGCUGAAUCCUAAGGAGUUCAUGCGCAUUGAGGCUUUGCCUGGCUUUGAUCAGAAGGAAGGGAAGGUCUUGGCCAGAAGCAAAACCAUUUACAAGAGCAGUGAACCUCCAAGAGAACAAGUGUUCUGGGAAAACUACCAUAGGAGGCAAAAGCAAUUUGAUAAGGGGCUCUUCACUCCCCUUGGGAAGCCUUAUCUGGAGCUUGGAGAAAUCCUCUACACAGACCCGAAGCAACUCACCCUUUAUGCCUUGGGGCAGCUCACAGAGGAACCAGUGGAAAAAACACCCAAAGAAGUGGCUGAAGUUACUACAGACAAGCGCUCUUCCAAGCCAGAGUCUGAUGCACCGGAAGCAGUGAAGAGGCCCUCCCCGCUCACAGAAACAGGAGAGGAGCUGAGGACUCUUAGUGAAGCUCUAGCUAGCUCAAGGCAUCAUGUCAAUUCUGUGAAGCGAGGUGGAGGCUACUUUCGUAUCCUUCAACAAGAAUCACUGGAGAGGAAGAAUGCACUGGAAGCAUCCCAACAGGCUCAGACCCUGGUAUGGAGAACUGACUUCGAGCCACCCAUGUACUCCCUUGAUGUGGAGGGCCCACAAAAAUUAAAAACCACUUGCUCUCAAGCAGAAGGCAACCACCUUGGGAUGUCAGAGAAGAAAAAAAUGACCUUACAGUCCUUCAUUCCUGCUCAGACCAAUCUCUUGAUUCCAAGCUCCCCUGAAGCAAAAAGUGAACAUCUCUUCCGACAACUGUGUGUCAUACACUGGCUUUUGGAAGCUUUGACUCUUGAAUCCAACAGUUCGAUGCGUCCCAUAUUGACCUGUUGGAAUCCAAAGGAUUGUGGUGGUUGCAAAAAAAGAGUAAAAGAAGAGGAAGAGUUAAAGUUAGCAACAUACAUGUGGGAACACUUUAUUACAAAGAAAAAGAAAUACACCUGGAAAGCAGGAUACAGACUGCUUAGCAGGACGAUAAACAAGAAAGUUACUCCAGGUUUCUCUCAGUUUAGCAGUCAGUCAUCUCCCCGUGGUCAAACCCCUCAAGGCAGUGACCCUUCCACUGUACAUUGCUCUGAAGACAACAUCAAGAUUAAUGAUGUGAGUGAGCCAGCACAAGCUAAAGAACGACAACCUCGUUUCCUCUCCCUACAGAAAUCAGUCCAGAUAGCACAUGGAGAGAUCUCAAAAGAUGUCUGUAAAGAAAAAGCUAUGGUUAAGAAGACUGGACCACAAUGUUUGCCAACGGUUCAGGACUGCAGCGUAAACAUGCGCAAGGACAGUCAAACACCAGGGAAGCAGAGACCCAGAAAGGAGGGCUGCCAGAUCAGCUCUUUUGUUAAAAGCAAAGCUAACCUGUGUGCUGAUAUGAGGCAGAGGUUCAUAGCAGUCCGUGAAGAAGCAGCUUGCUGUUUACAUGAUAUCCUCGUGAGCCUGGAGAGGAAGCAGGAAGAGCGAUGUUACCGAAAAUACGAGGCUAUGAAACAAUCAAAGAACUUCAGAAAAGAACUGGACAGAAUAAGACAGCUGAGCAUGAGAGUUGAGAGAGAACAUGAUGAAGAUGAACUAAACUGGGCUCCUCUAUUGCUUGCCAGACUCCCAGAGUCUGUGAAGAAUGACCAUUAUAUCCAGAAAAUCUUAAAGAAACUGGAAAAAUACGGCAAGAAUCGUGACUUGAAAAUUGAUCCAGACGCCUUUCUUAAGGUUCUGGAUGAGCUUCGUGUGUGGGAGCUGUGUUCUCCAGAAAUUGCUGCAGCUGCGGAGUUUGUACGUGAGAGUAUCGUGCGGAUGCCAGAAGCAGAUUUCAGCAAGUGGUUUCAGACAAAAGUAGCCCCCCAUAGUGCUAGAAUUCCUUCACCUUCUAAUUCCUCGGCGGAUUAGAAGUCGUCCACCUUCUAAUCAAACAGCCAGAUGAGAUGGUUUUCCAGCUACAACUGUCUUCAACCAGAAAACUACUGCUUAUUGAGAUCUGCCUCGAGGAAGACCAGGGAAGGGGAGGUAACUUUAGGAAGUCCCACUGACCACUCUUGCACAACUGAAAUUUGUCUCUCUACAGUGCUCUCUUGGCUGUAGUCAGGUAGAGAAAAUAAAAGCUAAAUACUGUUACUCCUUCCUGUAUGAUGUCUUGGACACACCAUCAAAUUUCAAUCUCAUCUAACCAUGCAGGAUGAAGACUUGAGUUUCUAAUCACAGGCCAGGCCAUUUCUUCAGAUAUUCCUCCAGCAUCUACUCAGUUGGAAUAUACUGAUUUCCACAUCUAAACAGCAUUGUCUCUGUUUUCA